GGUCAGCCAUUUAUCCAACCAUCUGCAGUGUAUGUUCGGUCCUUCCCAACAAACAUUUGUCCGUCUCUUCUCCUCGACUCCCUCGACUUUCUCGACUCACACUAUACGCACCCUCCGUCCUCUGUCCCGCCGAUACCAAUUCACCCGCAACAUGGCCGCUACUGUCCAAACCCCCGAUGCAGUGGCUGCUGCUGCCGUCGACUUGAUCGAGCAGGCCAAGCGCAAGGCCGCCUACCGCGCCGUCGCAGACCACUUCAACCCCGAGAUGCAGUUCGUCGGAAUUGGUUCCGGAAGCACAAUUAUUUACGGCGUUGAGGCUAUCAAGGACUGCUUGGCCAAGAACCCUCCCAAGGGUGGCCGCUACAUCUUCUUCGUCCCUACCGGUUUCCAAUCGAGAAAGGUCAUUGAGCAGGCUGGCCUGAUGCCUAUGGCUUUCGACAGUUUGCCCGAGAACGUCAUGCUGGAUGUUGCCUUUGAUGGUGCCGACGAGGUCGACGACGACUUGAACUGCAUCAAGGGUGGUGGUGCUUGUCUGUUCCAGGAGAAGCUGGUCGCAACCCGCGCAAAGAAGUUUGUCUGCAUUGCUGACUACCGCAAAAACCAGACCCGUCUGAUCAGCAAGUGGCCUUCAAUACCUAUUGAGGUCGCUCCCAUUGCCCAUGCUACCGUCAUGCGCCAGCUCAAGCUUAUCGGCUCUGUUGACCCUGUUCUUCGCGAGCACACUCUUGCAAAGACUGGUCCCGUCCAGACAGACCAAGGUUUCUACAUCAUUGACGCCCCUUUCAAGCCCCUUCUUAUCCAGGAAGAUGUAAAGAACGGCAAGGAUGGCUCCGGCAAAGACGGCCAAUGGGAGGUCACUGCUCUGGCUCACAAGAUCAAGUCCAUCUCUGGUGUCCUCGAGGUCGGUCUCUUCUACGGUCCCAACGGCUACGAGGUCCAGGCUGCUGGCGGCCAGGGCGGUCAGAAGCCUGUUGCUGCCUACUUCGGUAACGAGGAUGGCACUGUUGGUGUCAAGGAGGCACAACCUCCUAAAUAAGGUGCUGCUGCUUUCUCUUUCUUUACGUGCCCUUUCAAGUCACUCGUGCCAUCUUGUCACUAUGUUCAUGCCAAAAGAUACCAAAGUACAUCCUAUAUCCAUAACUUGGAUAUUUUCACCUCCUUGCCUUGCC